GACGCCAGUGAUGCGGUCAGACCGCAGGGACUGACCCGGGUACCGACCGAGAGGAGCGGUGCUACCGGACCGCUGUCUGUCGGUUUAUCCAAACAAAGACACGGAAUGAUGGCUGCUGUUCCCGGGCAGUGCUGGAACAGCAGCGGCGGAAAAAACAGCUCCGUUGUCGGUGUGAAUGCGGGAAUUUAACCGCUGACGAAGACAAGCCGUCGGGCUCCUGUUCCUCUCCAUCUCCUCCAUCUUGGAUGUUAGUGAUGAUGGAGCACAUCCGGACUCCAAAGGUGGAAAAUGUCCGUCUCCUGGACCGGUCAGCAGGCCAGAGGAAAGCCAGUGUGGUGACCCUCUACCUGUCCUCCACCCACACCAUCUUUGUUGAGAACAACCCUGAGACACGCAAAGAAACCUGGGUUCUGCACAGCAUGGUGUGCAGCGUGGAGAGGCCGCCCACCACGCCCGCUGGAAGCCAGCUCAUCCUUCGCUGCAAAGACUUCCGCGUCUUCCAGGUCCUCAUCCCACAGGAGAGAGACUGUGUGGACGUCCACGCCUCGUUGGUCCGGUUGUCUCGACCAGAGAAGUACAGCGAGCUCUACUGCCUGUCCUUCAACCCCAACGUCAACAAAGAGGAGCGCGAGGAAUCCUGGAGCUUCAUCGACUUGAAGGCCGACUACAAGAGGAUGGGUGUUCCCAACAACCUGUGGGUUUCCACGGCAGCCAACAGCGAAUACCGGGUGUGCGACACGUACCCCGCUGAGCUGUUUGUGCCCAAGUCGGCCACGCCAGCCGUCAUCGUGGGCAGCUCCAGGUUCAGGAGCCGAGGACGAUUCCCUGCUCUGUCCUACUUCCACCAGGAUACAUUGGCGGCGGUGUGUCGUUGCAGUCAGCCGCUCUCGGGCUUCAGCGGCCGCUGUCAGGAGGAUGAGAUGAUGCUGCAGGCGGUGAUGAAGUCCAACCCAGGAAGUGACUUCAUCUACGUGGUGGACACCAGGCCAAAGCAUCGACCUUCUCCGUCUGUCCAGGCGGUGGCCGACGAAGGUGUCAGCGUUCUGGUUCACUGCUCAGACGGAUGGGACAGGACGGCCCAGGCGUGUUCGGUGGCCAGUAUCCUGCUGGACCCGUUCUACAGAACCAUCAAAGGAUUCAUGGUGCUGAUAGAGAGGGACUGGGUUUCCUUUGGACACAAGUUCUCACACAGGUAUGCCCACCUGGAUGGAGAUCCUAAAGAGGUGUCCCCCGUCAUGGACCAGUUCCUGGAGUGUGUGUGGCAGCUCUCUGAGCAGUUUCCAUGUGCCUUCGAGUUCAACGAGCGUUUCCUCAUCACCGUCCACACGCACGUGUACUCCUGUCAGUACGGGACCUUCCUGGGGAACAGUGAGAAGGAGCGUCGGGACAUGAGGCUGCAUGAGCGCUGCCACUCUGUGUGGCCUCAGCUGUGGAAGGACAGAUCCCAGUACACCAACCCGCUGUAUAAGGCCGAGCUGAGCCAGAGUCAGGGCAUCCUGAGGCCCAACACCACUCCCUACUGCUUCAAGAUGUGGAAGGGCCUCUAUAACCAUACAGAGAGGUCCAAGACUCCUCGACAGUCACCCGCCGACUUCCUGUCCACCGUCAGGGCGGAGUCCCAGCAGCUAGAGGAGGAGCUGACCAAUCACCAGGAGAGGAUCGCGGCUCUCACGGGGAAACCAAUCACAUUGGAGAAGACGGAGGUUCCGAGGAGGAGAACUAGCCGCCUGCCGCAGAGACACAGCGGGCCGGACCCGCCCACCUUCUACUCAGAACCCAGCACCAACUCCUUACUUCAGAACAGUCGCCUGCACUCCUCUGAACUGGCCAAUCAGAGGCCUCCACAAGGAGGCUCCGCCUCCUCCGGGCCGUCAGGGCAGCAGCUGCGGAGUCCAGAUGGAGAGGACGUCUCUGCCUGCAGCGACCUGGAGUCAGGCGUGGCCGACCUCAGCAGCCGCUCGUCCUGCGGAGGAGACGAUAGCAAGGACCCGGAGCUGGAGUGAGGCUGGCCAUGCUGCUGCCUGACAGAAAUAAAGGGAACCCAGUCUGUUUAGACGGAGCGGGACGGCUGGCUCAGGCUAAUAACAGACAGAACCAAACCGGUUGCAGGCCUCACAUAAACUCAUCAAGCAGCCAUUUUUCGUUUACCUUCUGCACCGCUCCACGCAGGCGGCGUUUUGUUUGCAGAUUCAGGAUUUAAGUGAUUUACUGUUUUUAAAUAAACCACUGCAGGGCAGACAGGUGUCAUGCUGCGGGCUACAAGAGGUAAGAGGAGAGACAAAUAUAUCUGAGAGCGAACGGUUACGGUUACGUCUGGAUCAAUCUCCACGGCAACUGAGCAGGUUUUGUUGUUGUAAACCAGGUUCUGGGCCCAAUCAAAAACAAUCCUGAUAUUCAGGUUUAACGUCUCCCAUUGGUUCCUACGUUCCUCUUUUUUUAACUCACUCCUCAAGAUGUGAGGUUUUAGAGGCCGAUUUACAGGACGUAGUCGGCCUCCUCCAACAAUCCGAGCUGUAGUUGGCUUUACCGCAUCCAUAGAACCGAAUGUGGGGGAAAACAGAAGUUCUUUAAGCGAUCCACAGAGACUUCACUCUGAAAAUGUGAACAACUGAAUGUUUACAGCAGACAGGUGGAACCCAGGGCUUCCUGCCACCUGGUUGGUCAUUUUAUUGCUUCUAAUUUAUUUAUUUUUUUUAAUUAAAAAUCUCAAUGAUUCUUUUCAGGUUCAUACAUGGAGCAGGUAGAGGAGCUCCUGGGGGACGGACUUCUUGACCAAACCAAGCAGAUUCUGACUAUAGAUCUGUCUGCAGCUACAUCUAAGAGUCUCCUUCUGCAGAUCUAGAUCAUCUCUAUAUCUGCAGAUUUAUGUCCCCAGCUUUCAGUCUUCAAAUCUGCCUCCACAGCUCUAUUUCUGCAGCUCUGUGUGUGCUAAUCUACGUCUGCAGUUCUAUACACGUAUAUCUAAAACCACUGCAAAGCCUGAAUUUAUGUCAUGUCUCCUUUAGGGUUCCAUGCAGUCAUUCUUCGUCUUCCCUAACCUCCCUUAGAACAUUAGAACCUGUUCUCUGCUGCCUGUGGUAUUUGUACAGUCAACAUUGUGUAUCUUUGAUGUAAGCAAUCAAUAAAAGCUCUGAUAAAGGCGAACAGCUGCAACGUCAAAACUUUGAUCAUCUACCGUAAAUAAGUUGAAGCGAAGGAAAAAAAAACCUCCAGGGUGGCUGGAACUUCUAGAAACACGGAUCCUGCUCAGUAGAGCAGCAGAGGCGGAUCCCUGUCGGCCAUCAGAGCCGAGGUGCAGCUGUGGCGUGUUGCCAGCAGACAUAGUGACCUGUGUCACUCACUCAGGUCAGACCGUUCUGCCAUUUUACUGAGAGCUCAGCUGCUUCCCCUCAGAUUAAAAUACCUUUCUGCCUCCAGAAUCCUUUAAAAUAUUUGAAAUGUUUCAUGUAACUGAAAUUGUUCCUUUGUCUUUAGGUGUGCAGCAGAGUUGAAGCAUCAGAGAGAUGCCAAACCUGAAGGUUUCAUUAAUUUCACAUCCAUCUCUGAACUUUUAGGCUAAUAUAUUUAAAACAGCAGCUUAUUAACCCUUUAAAACCAAUUGUAUCAUAUUCGAUACAUGAGUUUUUAAGAUCUUUGCAUCAUCAGUGUGAUCUUGCUUAUCUUAAAAACCCUGACUUAAACAAUCAGACACAUGUAGUGAACAGAAAACGUAUAUAAUAUUCUACAGAAAUGCUGAAUGUAUCAGAA